AUAUCAAGAGAGAGCGAAAGGCCUCGAUUCUCGUGCGUCUCUCUCUCUCUCUCUCUCUCUCUCCCCAUCUCUUUCUUGAUGCCUCUAUAUCUGUGUCAUCUUCACCCGCUCUCCCUCUACUUCAUCGUUUGAAACCCCAUUUUUUCUCUCACUGAAACAACGCUGUUUCCCAAAGAAACCCUUUCACGCUCACCGACGAUGGAUUCUUCUCAGAACUGGCUCGCCUUCUCUCUUUCCAACCAUCACCUGGCCUCUGAUUCCUCUCAGCUCUGCCUCUAUGAAGCCUUCAACUCCCACUCCAAUCAUAGAAGAGAAGAUGCAAACGGAGCAACGGACCUUUCCAUGCUCACAGGCGGCGUGCCGAAGCUCGCGGACUUCCUCGGCGGGUGCGGCGGAAACUCCGCUGCCGGAGCAACCGACGUAUGCCAGUUCGCCAGGGAAACCCCGGCCACUGUUUCCGAAACUGGGAUGUAUGACUCGGAGCUGAAGACUAUCGCUGCCAGCUUCCUUCGGGGGUUUUCCACUGAACAAAGUGAUAACCAGAAGCAGUUGGUGGCGGCGCCGCCUGAGCCGGCUGCGAAGAAGGCCGUUGAUACGUUCGGCCAGCGCACCUCUAUUUACAGAGGCGUCACCAGACAUAGAUGGACCGGGAGAUAUGAAGCUCAUUUGUGGGAUAACAGUUGCAGAAGGGAAGGGCAAAGCCGGAAAGGAAGGCAAGUUUAUUUAGGUGGCUAUGAUAAAGAAGAGAAAGCCGCUAGAGCUUACGAUCUCGCCGCCCUUAAAUACUGGGGGCCGACCACCACUACCAAUUUUCCGGUAUCCAACUAUGAGAAGGAGCUCGAGGAGAUGAAGAACAUGACUAGGCAAGAGUUUGUUGCCUCUCUUCGAAGGAAAAGUAGUGGGUUUUCAAGAGGAGCCUCUAUCUAUAGAGGAGUGACAAGGCACCAUCAACAUGGUCGAUGGCAAGCAAGAAUAGGCCGAGUUGCAGGCAACAAAGAUCUGUACCUCGGAACAUUCAGCACCCAAGAAGAAGCUGCAGAGGCCUACGAUAUCGCAGCAAUCAAGUUCAGAGGGCUAAAUGCUGUGACCAACUUCGACAUGAGCCGAUACGAUGUGAAGAGCAUUAUCAAUAGCAAUCUUCCCAUCGGAGGAAUCACCGGCAAAUCCAAGGCCUCGUCGGAUUCAGCUUCCGAUAACAAGAGCAUCGACGGCGGUGGCCGAACCGACGAUCGGGAUCUCUCCUCGGCUUCUUCCCUGACCUUUGCCUCACAGCCUGCAACUUCAACACUGAGCUUUGCUCUUCCAAUCAAACAAGUCGACGCAGCUGAUUACUGGUCAAUCCUUGGCUUCCACAACUCUUCUCUCAAUAAUGCCAAGGGAAACCCUAAUCCAAACCCUAGCGCAUCCACGCUCUUCCAAGCUACUUCCGGCUUUAAUGCCACCACUCCGUUCAGCAUGGACUUCUCUGGAAGCACUAAUUCAGUCAGUGACGCCACCACUUCCACCACUGCCACCGCCACCACCAACAGUAAUGGCUUCUUCAAUGGCGGUUUCCUAGAGCAGCAAAACAUGGGCAUUUCAAGUACGGUCGCUUUUGCCACACCCAUAGGCUUGAAUACAAGCAGUAGUAGUUAUGAAGGAUCCACAUUUGGGAACUGGGUUGCCCCAUCCCUUCGUUCAUUCCAAUCUGCCAAGCCAAAUCUAUCAGUGUUUCAGACGCCAAUUUUUGGCAUGGAAUGAUGGCAUCAAUAUCGGAAUGUGAAUAAGAGAAAAGGGAAGGGUUUUGGGUCUGCAUGCACAGAAGGGUCAAAAGAAGUGUUGAAUAGAUGAAAUGGAAACUGACAAUCAUUUCAGAAGGCUAGUAGUUUAUGACAGUAGCUAGGAGUACUAACUCAAGUUCUUUGUUACGGUCAAGGCUCUCUUUUGAUCUUUCCAUUUUGUUUUUUUGUUUUUUUUUUCCUUUAGUGACUUCAAUUCAUAGGGGUAAUGGGAAGGUGAGAAUCCUUGUGUAAUCUUUAAACCUGCCUUUAUUUAUAGUACUAAAUCUGAACUCUCUCUCUCUCUCUCUCUCUCUCUCCGCUAUGAA